UAGUCGUCACUGCACUCUGUCAUUGACUCGUAUUCGUUUGGUUCGUCAAAAUGGUAAGAAGAGAAGUACAAAGAGCAAGCAUUAACGAUGGUUGUUGCCCAGAAGUGUGUAAAUGAACGGACAUAACAGCAAGCAGACACUAGGUGGCAACAUUGCUGAUAUGAGUGGACAAGCAACUUGUAGUGUUAGUCGUCUUGGCAUUUUGUAUGCAACUGUCACUAUCGCAGUCUGUUGAUGUGGCCUGCAUUGCAAACAAGGGAGAACCGGGUGUUCCCGGAGUGCCGGGUCCUCCAGGAAGACAGGGACCAGUAGGAAAGGAAGGAGCACCAGGAAUUGCAGGCGGCACCGGCUUGAAGGGUGAGGUAGGAGCUGAAGGUGCAGUUGGUCCACCAGGCAAACAAGGAGUGCAAGGUGUGAUUGGUCCAGCAGGUCCACCCGGACCGCAAGGCCCUCCAGGGAAAAGUGUGGCAGGUCCACCAGGACCCAGAGGUCCUCCAGGAGUGACGGGACACGGAGAGAAGGGAGAACGAGGAAUGUUGGGUCCAAGAGGAUUGGCUGGAUUAGAUGGCAUUCCAGGUGCUGCAGGUCCCAUCGGAGCCGUAGGAUCACGUGGACCAUUAGGAGUGAAGGGUGAUCGUGGAUUACCCGGAGCAAAAGGAGAAGCCGGACCACAAGGUCGUCCCGGUGCAGAGAUGAGUGAAGAUGUGUUGAAAGUGUAUUUUUCUCCAGUCAAGGGACUGGCAGAGAGGAUGAAACAACUGGAGGAUUGGAAAGAAGAGUGGACAAAGAAUGAGAGUAGAAUGAAUGAGAUUAGAGUGACUGUUGCAGCACAUCUUGUAGGAUCAUCAGCCAGUUGGUAUACUAUAUCAGGUGUGAUAACCUACUGGCAAACAAGCAGUCCAUCAUUCUUACUGGGUGGCAUCACAUACAGCAAUGGAGCUCUUACAAUUCCAUCUGAUGGUGUUUACUAUAUUUAUACACAUCUCUACUUAGACGAUCAAAGUGGCAGUUAUAUUCAACCUUACAUCAGAGUAAAUGGCAAUCGUGUUUUGCGCAUCCAAAGUUACCAUGCUCAUAGUGAAGAGAAAACCAAGCAUGCUGGUCUACUUCAGCAGCUGAGAAAAGCUGAUGUCAUUGACAUACAUGGUGGAGGGUCUUAUCACUACAUGGGCUCUACUCAUUCAGUUUUCGGUAUUUUUAAGAUCCAGUAGAAGCAUGUUGAGAAUGAGGAUGUCAAUUAGGUGAUCAUUAUGAGCGUCAAAUGACUCUCCAUGUGAUCACGUUAGUAAUUGUAGUUGUGACUGUUUAUGUUGGACUGUAGUGUGACCAUGCAUUCAACCCUAAUUUCUGUUUGUUGUUUCGUUUUAUUUCUCUAAAGCAAUAAAUGUUCAUCUCUUUGUCUCA